UUUUUUGUUGCAAAUACCUUCACCAUUCUGGCGCCGGAGAAUUUGGCAGCAGCCCGUCUGCAAUCGACUGCCAUCAGCAUUAACAGGAGUGGCAGCGGACUACUUUCAAGAACAAACAGCGGUGGUGAAACUUCCUCAAGGCCUCUUAGGUCCUAUGAUAUUUACUCCUCGUUCGACAACUUGUCAACAACAUUGUCUUCCAAAGCUAAAUUCUCGCAGAAACAAUCAGUCUCGUUUGAUAGCUAUUGGAAAAAAUCUAGUUCGCACCAAAAUUUACAGGAUUACAAAUUAUUGUCACCUAAAAGAGCACUGGAAACAUGCCAUACAACGUUUUACAAUACAAGAUGUGAUUGUUGUGAGAAUGAAAAGUGGUUCCACAAAGAAUUUAGAUUUCCGUCCCCGCCGUUGGAGAAUUCUGGGAGACACAAGCCAAUUAGCCUCAAAGAACGAACCGACUAUCUUUCAUUAUCCCUAUCGCCCCCUGGUUCUAGGAGCGAGAGCGUUUUUUUGAGAGAUUACCCAUCACUGUCAUCGAGCAAAGAUAUAAGUUUAUUAGAUUUAGACGAUAUUAAAAAAUUACGGCAUAUUGAAAACAGAGAGAGCCAAGAAGAUGAAGCUGAAUAUGAAGCAGGUGGAUAUAUGCCAAUUAAUACAGGAGAUGUGUUGAGAAAUCAGUACAAAGUAUGCAGAAAACUAGGAUGGGGACAUUUUUCUACUGUAUGGCUAUGCAAAAAUUUAUAUGAAAAUGGUCCUCGAUACGUAGCCCUAAAAAUUUGCAAAUCAGCCCCUAUGUUUACCGCAGUGGCCAACGAUGAAAUAAGACUAUUACAAGAGACUCGCACUAACAAUCUUAAUCAUGUGGGAUAUAGCCACAUAGUACAAAUGGUGGAUACUUUUAAAUUAAUUAGCGAAAAUGGUGUACACACCGCUAUCUCCUUAGAAAUAAUGGGACCAAGUUUACUUCAUCUUCUUAUGCAAAGUGACUUACGGGGUAUACAGGUUCCUGCUGUGCGCAGAAUCAUUUUUCAGGUUUUAAGGGGUUUGACUUACCUUCACCAAGAAUGUCACAUUAUUCAUACUGAUAUAAAACCAGAAAACAUUCUAAUAAAAGUGGACGAAAGCUACAUUAGGAGAAUUAUUGACAAAAUGGAAAGAUUUUCAGAGCUUGGUGUUGAUUUACCACGGUCUUAUGUAAGUUCAGAAUUUUGGAGAGAAAAUGAUAGCAAUCCCCAUCAGUUUGACGAAGACAUACUCAGUAGGUUUGAAGAACAUAGGGCAUCUUCAUAUCCCAGUGAUUCCUUUAUGACAGCAAAGGACAAUUAUAGAGAACGUACAAGCCAAACAAAUUGUCCUAUGUAUGUUAGUUCGAAUAUUGAAAUAAAAAUUGCCGAUUUAGGAAAUGCAUGCUGGGAGUUUUUUUGUGGACUUCGCUUAGAACCAGCUUUCAGUUGCAACAAGCUUUUAGAGUGGUUUAGCAUUUUUUUUCACAUUAGAUAUAAGGAUCACCAUUUUUCACAAGAAAUACAAACACGACAAUAUAGGGCCUUAGAAGUUAUAAUGAGAGCUGGUUACAGCUAUCCAGCUGAUAUAUGGUCAGUUGGGUGCAUGGCCUUUGAAUUAGCCACAGGUGAAAUGCUAUUCAGUCCGAAAGGUUCUACAGAAUUGUCUGCUAAUAUUGACCAUUUGUGUUUAAUUUGGGAAACUCUGGGAGGAAUACCGAGAUAUAUAACUGAGACGGGAACUGAGUCAAAGCGUUAUUUUUUAAAUGGAUACUUAAAGGAUGUGCCAACAGAUAACUUACGAAUAUGGAAGAUAGAAGAUGUACUAGUGGAAAAAUACAAAUGGAAACGUUUAGAUGCCAUACCAUUUGCCAGUUUUCUAGAAAGUUUGGUGGAGCCAGAUCCUGCUCUACGAUCUACCUCGAGCCAAGCUUUAACCAACGAUUGGUUACUCUCUACAGAUCUUUAAAUAUUUCCAGGAUAUUUGUACAAGACUGAUGUUAUGUAUUUUUAACCGUUCUUUAAUAUUCUUCAUUCAUCAAAUUCAGUCCGUUGAAUACUUGGUCAUGUUUUUAAGUUACACUGUCUCUUCUCUCUCUUAGCAUUUUAUAAUAAACAUUUUAAAAUCAG